UGAAUAUUUAUUGGUCUCUAAGAUAAUAUGAUUUGAUCGUAUUGAGUCAUAAGAAGUGCCUGCUUUUACAAAUAUAAUAACAAAGGACAUACAUAACCUGAAGAGUCAUUUGAUGUCACAUUUGUUAUCUUUGAACAUGUGUCAGUUGAUUGGAUUGUAGAUUUGUGGAUUCUUCGAAUAUGGAUUUGACUUGUUUUCAACGAAUAGGGCCUGCACAGUUGACCGGGUCGAGAUGGGCAAGCUGCUGUCGAAGAUUUUCGGUAAUAAGGAGAUGAGGAUACUCAUGUUGGGGCUGGAUGCCGCAGGGAAAACAACAAUUUUGUACAAACUGAAAUUAGGUCAAUCUGUAACAACGAUACCAACCGUAGGGUUUAAUGUAGAAACAGUUACAUAUAAGAAUGUUAAAUUUAAUGUUUGGGAUGUAGGAGGACAAGACAAGAUCCGGCCUCUGUGGCGACACUAUUAUACAGGUACGCAGGGCCUCAUCUUUGUUGUGGACUGUGCAGACAGGGAUCGUAUUGAUGAGGCAAGGCAAGAACUUCACAGGAUAAUCAACGACCGGGAGAUGAGGGACGCCAUCAUACUCAUUUUUGCCAACAAGCAGGACUUGCCUGAUGCAAUGAAGCCUCAUGAGAUCCAGGAGAAGUUGGGGCUCACACGGAUACGUGACCGCAAUUGGCAUGUCCAGCCUUCGUGUGCAACAACGGGCGAUGGCCUAUAUGAGGGACUGACCUGGCUCACGUCCAAUCACAAGUUAUGAACCUUCCAGCAGUGGCUUGCCACCCGCGAUACACAUGAAAUUGCAAGAGACGCGUAUGUUGUGAUGCAAUGCAGUCUGGUGGCAAGCCUGUGAAGUGAAGUGACAGUGUGGUUGGACCCAACAGGAUUACAAAUUCCUUAUGGGAUUGGGAAUAUGUUGGGACCUCCGUAUUUCCCGGUGGACAGCGAUGCUCACCGCUCUGUUAUGUCUGUUGUAAAAUUAUUUUUAAAGUUCGUACAGAUUUGUAGUAAUAAAGUUAUAGAAGGGAAUUGUGAAAGAGCCAAACAAGAAUCAAAAGAUUUGAAAAUUGAAUAUACAGUGAAAAUUGUGAACAAAGAUUUUCGUAAGUAUAGGCAAGAAGGGUAGUUAAUUUUCUUUUGAUUUCCACCACGUGGCAGGUAGAUUCCAUAGACAGUGAGCAGUACAUAUUGUGCUCAUGGAAUAAGAAGUUAACGCGGCUGUUGUAGUGUAAUUUAACGAUGCUUUUCUUCCCCCCCCCCCUUUUUUUUUUUUUUGUUUAAUUUUUGGUCUUAUGCGUACAAAUGCUUGCAAUAAAAUCUCAGACUUACUUUCUGUUUGUAGGCAAAAACUGUUAGCUGACUAACCUCAUAUCCUUGACCCACAUAAGUAAUUGGUAUAAUUUGUUUUGUUCAACCUUAACAAUAUUUUUUUUAUGUGAUGUGUUUGUUAAUUUCAGCUGUGGCCAGCCUUUGUUUUUGUUACCCAGUAUGUUAAUAUUGUAGUGCAGAUUGAAACACAGACUAACCUAGUUGUUUCGGAAUGUGUGUACAUGACUCCGUAUUAUUAAUUUUAAUUAGAGGAUCUCACACACACUUUGAAACCGUCACACACCCUUUUGAGAAUAUUUAUAUUUAAACAUUUUAUCAUUCCUCUCUCCAUUUCGUUGUAAUGUUUAAUAUAAUGUGAUCUGCUUUAUUGAAAUAAGAUAUCAGAGAACAGGGGUGCAAAAAUUGUAACAAACUUUGGAAACUGCGUAUGAAAUUAAUGAUGAAUCUAUGGCCAGUUCUGGUUAAGAAGUGGCUGAAUAUGUUGUACUUUGCGGUAGUCGGUUGCAAACUAAUUGGGCACUAAAGGAAUUGACUCCUGUUUACAUUUUGAGAUGAAAUUAUGUUGGGCAAAUGCACAGUAUUCAUUCAAAUAAAAUAUGAUCUUAAAUGGCACGCUACAAUUUGAAGCAGGUGGGAGUAGUUCCUUAACAUGUAGAAAUCUUGAGUUGAUCUUAUUGCAUAGUUAUGUAGGUGGAAGCCAACUUUUGCUGCUGCUGCUGCUGAAAGCCUCAUGUCUUCUUGUGAAUGUUUAGUAUUUCUUGCAGUAAUUAUAUAUUUUAACACUGUUGGACUGUUGUUGAUUCACUGUGCGUUAAAAUGUAGAUAUUCUUUACUUUUAUCGUGUAGUCACAUUUAACAUGAUUUAUGUUCAGUUAAAUACCGGAGUGAAAACAGUGGUAUGUGCCCACGAUUUGUGCGAUGAUGAUGUAAUAAUGCAAAAGCAACUGAGAAGUUGUGAAUCUCGCUGACACAUUACCUGACAGCGUGUCUUGAAAGUCUGGUAGCCAGAUAAAUAUUAUUAUCCCCCCCCCCCCCCAAAAAAAAAUUGUAAGAUAUUCCUGCAUUCAGAAAGUUCAAAAUGGUGGCCACUUUGAUGAGCUGAAAUAAAAUUCUGACACCACUGAUCUGAUAAGUAGCAUGUGGUAGUGAGCGAAUCUCAGUUAAUGAAACUGCGUCCGCAUCUCCAAAAGCCGACCCCCUGGGUACCAGCUGAAAUUUAUAUGGUUGCCACUGGUGGCCAGCAAUUGUGAUUUUCGUUUCCUGUCUGAAGAUACCAGUAUUUGGAAGAACAGGACAGUUUUUUUUUUGAACUGCUAUGCUUUAAAUUUUUCAUAUAUAACAUUAAAUUAUUUACCAAAGUUAAUAACUAUUUUAAAAUUUCGGUAUUUUAUAAUAAUUCUGUAAAUAUUUUAUGCGAUGCUCAUGUAAUCGAAAAAAAAGUCGCUGUAUAUAACCACAUCUCUUGUUACUCCAAAUUAACUCUGAUUUAAAAUUACGCUGCUUCUUGGCAGAUGGAAUCAGUGGUCACUAGUUCACUGACAGGUACUACAAGUGUGGAUUUCUAUUUUACUUUUUGUCUUUAUCGUGGUGUUCCAUAUUAUACCUAACUUCAUGGUUUUUUGCAGGUGUUCCACGCUUACUAUCGUUUUAUUAUGGAAUACAAAAGCAGCUGUAAUAUUUAUGAUAGUGAAGUAUAAGACAUUUUUGUUCACGAGUCCAAAAGUGAUCCUUUUAUGUCAGAAGUAGAUGUUAUAGGCUGGGAUCCACGCAGUUCUGUUGACAGUGAAGUAAAAAUUUUUGGGUGUACCAAACAAUAAAGAUCAUGUAAGUAGAGCCCAAGAUUACUUGGAAUAAUAAUGAAGCUAUUUAUGUACAAAAAAUUGUUUUGUGUAAACAACAAAUAACUCGCCUACCCCUAUGACUUUGUAUUCGUAGGUUACAAAAUGACCUUUUUAUAACCGCAUUUGACAAGAAAUUCUUAAGGUUUGUGCUUAACUAAGCACCAAACCUUGAAGAUGUAUGGGGGAGUGGAUAUAUAACUCCAUACAUUCUUAGCCUUGUCAUAGAUAGAGCUGAGUGGUCAGCUUCAUGUUCUGGCUGCUCUGCUCCUUGGGGGAAAAAAGCCCCUAGUGCCAGGUGGUAGGAGGGUCCCAGAACUGGUGUGGACAAGGAAAAUUUUCUGGCCCCUGCCAUGAAUUGAACACUGGUCUUUCAGCCAGAAACCAAGUUUCCUGCUUUUGUAUUAACUGCAUGGCAUCAUCUGUUUUACUUAACAGUUUAAUUUCUUAUUUAAGCUCCACUAACUUCUUCAAAAUUUUGUCGGGGGAAUAUCGGCAAUUGCACGAUACACUGUGUGAAUUGUCAGGGUGUUGAACAUUAAAGCGGAUGGUGCUUAGAGCAAAAUAUCGUACUUUUUGUUACAACGGGCCUAGUGGAGUUUAAUAAAUUGAGAAACUUAUCAUCAUGAUAUUGUGAAAUGUUCUCGCGUGUGUAGACAAACCAGCUCCCCAUAGCACUCAAAAAUUAUGAAACUUUCUUUCAUUAAAUUUCCUUUCUCAAUUUUCUGUUGAAAUGAUGGGUUUUUUUUGUGGUGGUACCUAACAUGUCAGCCACUAAUCUGUGACAUUUAUCAAGAAAUAAAUUAUCUGCAUGCUAUCAAGUCUGGCACAGUGAUAAAAGCAGAUGAAAUCCAGAAGCUUGAAACCUGCUAAAAAUAUGUGAAAAUUAGUUCUGGUUUACAGUCGCCAAAAUCAAGGUGAAAUGGUAAGAGUAAAGUCCUCGUGUUUAACCAUGCCAUGCGGACGAGUGGAGGAGCGGAGGUAUAGCUCUACAGAAAAGAAAUAUCUGUUCAUAUCCUGUAUUAUGAAGGGUGUAGGAUUUGAAGUUUUCAUGAUAGUGAGUACAAAGAUGGCUGUCUUCUUGGUUGAGGGUCCAUAUAGUCUGGUAGAAGUCUACCAUUGUUUUGGAGUUUUUUUGCUGCCCACGUAUUUGUUCGUCGCCUCGAUGGUGGAAGCAGGAAGGACCUCAGAAAUGGCAAACUUCUACAACCCAGAAGACAGCCGUCUAUGUAGGGUAUAUUUGCCUUAAUUUUCCCCUUUUUUGUGGCUGGACUGCAUGUCAUGUUAAAAGGUCAUAUGUGGAGGGUCUGUAAAUAAUGCUGUGUGAAGCAAAUGGCGAACCUUGCAGCUUUUAUUAGGGUGUGUCUGUAUGUUUAAAGUAAAUGAAUAUACGAUUUUUGCACCCCUGGAACUGUGAACUCUGAAACUGCCAUUUGCAAAUGUAUUCGGCCUUGUUUAACGACUGUCACCCCAGUGAGAAACAUGUUAUUACUUGUUGGUCAGUGUUUAUAUUAGCAGCAUAAAAUGACAUUUGGUUGACUGAUGAAUUGAUUGUAUCAGAAAUGGCUUGGCUAUGUUGUUGGCAUGUAUCUUGCACAAUAUUGUUCAUUUUAUUUAAAAAAAAUAAGAGUGGAUGAUGGAAGUAUGAAUAAGACAAUGUUUUGAACUGUUCAAAGUGGUGAUUUA